AUGGCACUUCUGUCACAGGAUCCCCCUCUGCCAGGCACCGCAUCUGCAUCCGCCGACACCGCUCUUGCGGAAUUGACACAGCUGCUUUUACGGUUGCAGAACAACCUUCUACAUCCAACUCCAGACCGAGAACGACGACUACGAACGAGCGAGUACGAAAGGGCGAAAACAGAGGCGAUGGCCAUGGACGAAGACGACAGCUCAGACGGGGAGGAUCUCCUGGGCCACAUAAUCCCUACGCCUAGCGAAAGCAUGGACUCAAGAUCCUCAGACACAAGAGACGAACACAAUGCGCUCGAGACGCCGCCCAACUCUUCGACUACAGAACCCACUCCUCAAGAACCCAUCCCACGUACACCAUCACCAACCCCAGCCGGCUCUUCACAGCCAACUACGCAAACUACACAAACUCUACGGUCACGCUCAUCUGCCCGACCGACCGCAGCAUCACACACCACCGCUAGAGCAGCCCUCUUUGCGAAUCGUCCCAAACCACCCGAACCACAAACAACCACCGCCACAGCCGAGGCCAUUCUCGAGAACCAGAAGGCCGAGCAGGACGACCUGUCACGUUCCAUUCUUCAGCUGGCCAGCGCACUAAAAGACAGCUCGAAACGAUUCGCGGUCACGCUAGAAGCAGAUAAGGAUGUGCUCGAGAAAACGGGCGAGGGCAUAAACAAGGCGGAACAGGGCAUGCGGUCGGCCGCUGGAAGGAUGGGCAAGUUGCGGCAGAUGACGGAGGGAAAGGGCUGGUGGGGACGGAUGAUUUUGUAUGCGUGGGUAUAUGGCCUGAUGUUGAGUUUGGUGCUGUUGGUGUUUCUAAUGCCCAAGUUGAGAUUUUAA